AUGAUGGACUCCCGGCCUCCAAAUGAGUCAACCCCAGAGGAGAACGAGGCUUUCUGGGACAGGAGAUGCCAAUUCUCGAAGCUCCAAUGCUACAAGAAAAGCAAUUUGGCAAUGCAUUCUUUGACUAACCCAAUUUCAGAACUAUUUAGCAAAGAAUUGUUUUCGAUUGAAGACAGCAAAGAGCGCACCGCAAUAUCAGACCAAACUUAUGCUAAGCUUGCUCCAUCACUUCGUCUAGCAUCACGAAUGAUAUACUCACCACUUUUGAUUCCUUUCUGGUCUACACUCUUGCUCAAGCAGCCGUCGUACUGGGAGGACAGAUGCAACCCCAACAACUAUGGAAUGCAGUAUUCUUUUGACCAAUUCAACCCAGAGCGUCCGAUCAGCAAGGAAAUCCGUCAAGCCACCAGAUCUCAACUCGAUACGCUCCACAACUAUGUUCAGUAUGUGAUAACGGAUCGUACCAAUUCGUUCUGCACAGAACAGCAAGGCGCUCAUGACGUGACCGUCCCCGGCAUUCCGAACGGCUACAGGAGCGAGAUUUGGAUCAGUACUAGGAAGAUCAACGAUUUGGUAACAGCGACGAUUAAUGCGAGUGAUGUUCCUGCACUCCUGUUUUAUCGCUUUCGUCUGGCUUUGGGAAUCCUGCAUGAAUUGGCCCACGCAGCUUGGAAUAAAGUCAACGGCAAGAUCGACUUUGAACCCUUCUUUGGAAACGAGUCGAUCUCGGAGUUGGGCUUCGAGCUGGAACGACAGCUUUUCGAUGGUCGUCUAGACCUAUUAUACGAGAAUGUUCCGCUGAGCGAUGAUGCCAAGUAUUUCAAGGUUCAUCGUUACAGCGGGCGGAUAAGCGCUUUAAGGGGAUACCUUGUUCUCUGGGAACAUCCAAGUCAAGACAUUAUCGAGGAGUACCGGGGGAUGUCGUGUCUCCAAGUCCGAAUGGAAGAUAACGAGAAGCAAAAGUGCAAUUUGGCCUGGCAGGUGAAAUUGGAUCACUUUGAGAAAUUUUUCAAGGAUGAAUUCUGGACGUCGAAAGCAUGCGAGGAUAAGAAGAACUGGCAUCCGCCAAGAGAGAUUGGCUAUACGUUUCGCCGGACCGUGAAAGAACCGGAGGAAGCGAAGGACGGGAAAGAAGCAAAAGAGGGAACAGAUGUCACUGAACCUAUUGCACGAGCCGUCGACGAGCAUAACUAUCUCCUUCAAGAUCGAGGCUGCAAUUACAGACGAGGCACAUACGGUGAAAUCAUACUUCCCAGCCAAUCGCCAAUACCCAUAGCGAAUCUUACCAAAUCGAACUACGAACACGCUGCAGCUAACGAUCCUGGAAAGCUCCCAUGGCUGAGUUCCCAUCAUCAAGUUGAACUCUAUACCGGCUUGACGGACAGACAAAUCAAUCUCCAUAAACAAAGAGACCUACUUUGCAAGCUGCAUCUGGCUGUACGUGGCACAAGCGUCGAUAUCGCGAGAUUUGAAGGGGAUGCCAUGGAGUAUCGAGCAGCGACCAGAAUGGUACCAUUGCUGGAAUGUAUUGCAGAACUGGAACGACAGCACAACUCACGGAAGGGCGACUACCUCCGUGUGCCUAACUCCCCGCUAAUCAAGCGGCCCGGACAGUCUGCAGUUGACGUUGAAGUUCUCAUUCAUCUCUUGCGAGACCUCGAGAGACUUCGGAUCGAAAGUCUGGAGGCUGACGCCAGUUGGGGGGCUUCGAAUGAGGAGCGCAGGAGAAUUUUUGAAGAGCCUGAGAUUGAUGCAGCUCCAUUGGAGCCCAUGGAGCUGGUUCAAGCAAGCACACCACCUUGGCACAAUAGACUGAUGAGCCCCGAACACGGUCCUACACCUUCCCCACUGACGCCUGCUGUGCGAAGACCGAGCGGGCAGCGGCAGCAUUCUGCUCAGGACGUAUCUUCCGAAAGUGCCCGGAGAUUCCUCUUUCCUCAGAUACCUGCAGUACCGCAGUCUGCACCACGUACACCUCAAGGGUUGCGGUCGGGUACUGCCGGAAUGAAAUCCAAUUCCAGGGACGCGUCAUUCACAAGUGUAUACCCACCAAUAUUUUCUUCGCCACACGGAUCUGGCUCGGUUUUCGAGUCUACCGGGUACACUGUGCCAACGCCUGGACUUUUUAACGAAUCGCCCGUGACCCAGGACAAAAGUUCAUCAAGAUAUGUGCCCGCGGGACCUAUGACGCCUCAGCGUAGGCCUCGCGCUGUGCCAACUCAAACUCCUGGGCUUACACCUGAUUCCACUCGGACGCCUGGGAUGAGAACGCCGCAGGUUCCCAGAGGGCUGAGUUCGGUGUUGCAUCGGAAUAAGAGGAUGAACAUUGGAAGAGGGAAAGGUUUGACUACUGCGCAGGAGGAAGAUGAGUCGCAUGAGGAUGAGCUGGAUGAGAGUCCAAAGAGGCCGAUGAGAAGGAGGAAAAAAGCCAAGCAGCAAAAGCAGGAUGAAGAGGUGGGAGAUGUUGAGAUGGAGGAUUCUGGAAUCUAA